GCUGCGCAUGCCGUCAUGGUCGGCGCCGAAGAGAAGCACGUCCGGUUCGUUGCCGGUGGGGAGGCGGCGGAGCUGAGUCGGCCAGAAGAGGUGGCCGUGGUGGGCAACGGCUGGCGAUGCGGCGGGGAGGGGACUGCGCUGCGGUGGUGCAUCUCCUUGGCCCUCUGUGCCUCCUUCGUGGGGCUGGGGAUGGGCGUCGCGGUGCUGGGGCCCACCUUCGACAACCUGGCCGCCAACGUCGGCAAGAACGUCAGCGACAUGUACUACAUCUUCGUGGGCCGGUCCGUGGGCUUCCUGGGCGGCUCGAUGCUCGGCGGGGUGCUGUUCGACUGCAUGAACGCCCAUAUCCUCAUCGCAAUAUCCAUGUGUGGGACAACAGUUGGUCUUUAUGGGAUACCCUGGUGUAAGGAAUCCCUGCUGCUGACUGCCUUGAUGUCAGUUAUUGGAGGUGCCAUGGGAUUUCUGGACACAGGUGGCAAUGUGCUGGUACUCAAGACGUGGGGAGCAGAAGCUGGGCCGCACAUGCAAGCCUUGCACUUCAGCUUUGCUGCUGGGGCGUUUCUGGCUCCCAUCCUGUCUAAAAUGGCCUUGGGAGGCUCUGAAUCUAAAGGCUAUCCAGUGACUGAGAAGACAAACCAGUCUGUCCUGAGGGCUGCGCCAACGGCACCAGCUGCCACAGCUGCACCAGCUGCCACAGCUGUGCCAGCGCUGCAGCACCACCUUGGCACAGACUUCCUGUGGUCCUACAUUGUCAUAGGCACCUACCUGCUGGUAGUUUCUUUGUUCUUUUUUGUCUUGUAUUACAAGGCCACCUCUGCUCAGGACAAAUCUGAGGCCUCUGUGGAGAAGAAACUAUAUGCCAGGUACCAUUAUGCUCUUCUUAGCCUCCUCUUUGUGUUCUUCCUCUGCUACGUGGGAGCGGAGGUCACUUAUGGCUCUUACAUAUUCACAUAUGCCAAGGUCUUUGCCGGGAUGAAAGACAGCGAAGCAGCUGCUUUGAAUUCUGUCUUCUGGGGAGCCUUCGCGGCCUGCAGAGGGCUGGCUAUAUUCUGUGCUACUUGCAUGUACCCUGGCACCAUGAUUGUGCUGAGCCUCAUCAGCUCUGCUACCUCCUCCUUCUGCUUGGCCUUCUUUGCCAACUACCCAGCCUCGCUCUGGCUGGGCAGCGCUGUCUACGGCGCCUCGAUGGCCACCGUCUUCCCCAGCGGCAUCUCCUGGGUCGAGCAGUACACGGUUGUGCAGGGCAAGUCGGCUUCUCUCUUUGUCAUUGGCGCCGCGCUGGGUGAGAUGUGCAUCCCUGCUACUGUGGGCUACCUGCAGGGCCAAUUCCACCAUGUGCCUGUGGUGAUGUACACUGCCCUGGUGACCUCUGCCAUGACAGUCUUGCUCUUCCCUGUCAUGUACAAGCUGGCCAACUGUCCCCGCAAGAGCGACUGCAAGAAGGUGAGUGAGGGCGAGGUCUGCAAGGCUUUGCUGACCACCUCGAAUUCACUUAACGAGGAUGAGGAGGAGGAGAAUGUGGCAGAAUGGAACAAAACAGAUUUUGAGGUGAUAGAAAUGAACAACGUGCUGAGAAACUCCAUGGUAGAGAUCUCCAGGGGGACACACGGGGACUUACCAGCUGAGGACUAUCUGCAGUCCCCCAUGGACAAUGUGUUGCAUGAUUCCCCAGUAGCUGCUGAUGGCUCCCCUGGCACUCAGGACAAGGAUGCUGACCAGGAGAAGCAUGACUGAAGUUAAAGCUGACUGACCGUGUGUGAAAGGACUGCUAUGGAGCUGUGGUGUUCUUGAUAUGUGACUCCAGAAUCCUCCUUCAGGGGUGCUGAGCUCAGCACACUCAGGUCUGCAUCUGUCCAGCCUUUUCCUUCCCCUUUUCCCCCCAUCUGCAGCCAUGUGCUGGUGAGUGUGAUUCCUCAACAACACGGGUGAGUAGGGUAACCUUGGUUCAGCUCCCGCAGUGGUGCUGCCAGAAUGCAUGGACUGCACUGAAGAUCAGAACAGGAGAUGUUUUCUCUAUGUGAAGCAGCGUUUAAGUAGUGCCUGCUGCAAUAAGAGCUACCUAGGGAAGGAGGGGACUGCUCUGAGCACAGUGGGUGGAGGGUGCAGUUCAGAGGUGCUUUGUCACAAAAUGUCUUUACGAGGGAGGAGAGAAAUCUGUUAGCUGUGGUGCUAAACUUUGUUCUGUCGUGCCAGGGCAAUGCUGCUGCCUUGAAAGUUUGUAUGACGUGAACCAGGAAAUCAGCUCAGCCUUCAGGUGAUGCCCCAUGGCUGUCAAUCAGAUAAAUUGUUACCAAACUACAGAAUUUCCUGGUCCUACAAUUAAGAUGGGAAAAAUAAUGAAGCAUGGUGGAACCCUGGUGGAAUCCUGCCUUUGGGUCAUUGGAAAGUGGUGUAUGGGAAGGGGCAGGAAAUGG